AUGGUCAACGACUCUAACAAUGGCUUUAUCAACUCCUUCUCCAGCUAUCAACAUGAAAUCUACGUAGCCGGCACCAAAGGCAUCAAGCCCAUCAUGACAACCAAUCCCAACCUGUGGGAAGCUGCCGCGAAGCAAGUGAUGGAGCCAAUGAAUUUUGAUUACGUCAAGGGAGGAGCCGGGGCUGGCGAUACAAUCAGGAAAAACCGCGAGGCGUUUGAUAAAUGGAGCAUCAUUCCUCGGAUGGUGAGAUCGAAUACCAAGAGGUCUCUUAAGGUGAAUGUUCUUGGCCAGGAAUGGCCUACUCCUUUGGCUAUUGCGCCUGUUGGUGUGAAUAGAAUAUUUCAUCCUGACGGAGAGAAAGGAGUCGCUCAUGCAGCCGGCAAAGUUGGCGUCCCAUACGUGCUCUCCACCUUUGCAUCAGAAAGCCCCGAAGUCGUCGCCCAAGCCCAGGAUGAGGCAGCAGGCCAUGAUAAAAGCAUUCGCUGGCUCCAGCUCUACUGGCCCCAAUCCGUCGACCACGACGUGACACGGUCUAUCCUGCGUCGGGCCAAAGCAGCACGCUACACAGCUCUCGUUAUCACAGUGGACAUUUUCUCCAUGAGCUGGCGUCCUAUGGACCUCGACAAUGCCUACCUCCCCCUCUACAAAGGCUACAGUACAGCCCUCGGCUUUACCGAUCCUGUCUUCCGUCGUAAAUUCGCAGAAAAGUACGGCCAUGAGGCAGACGAGGAUAUCCUCAAGGGCGCAUUUGAGUGGGAGAAUACUAUCUUCCCCAAUCUAGCACACACGUGGUCUGACCUCGAGUUCCUGCGUAAGGAGUGGGAUGGGCAUAUCCUCGUCAAGGGGAUACAGACUGCGACUGAUGCUGAAAUGGCCGUUCUAGCCGGUGUGGACGGCAUUAUUGUCUCUAACCACGGCGGGAGACAGUAUGAUGGUGCAUACGGUUCUCUGGACGCUUUACAAGUAAUUGCAGAGGCGGUAGGAGACCGCGUCGAUGUUUUAUUCGAUAGUGGUAUUCGUACUGGCGCAGAUGUGAUGAAGGCUCUUGCACUCGGUGCGAAAGCUGUAUUUGUUGGUCGACCUGUUAUCUAUGGGCUGGGUGCAAAGGGGCAAGAGGGCUCGUUGCAUGUACUUCGUUGCCUUUUGGCAGAUUUAGAGAUCAACCUUGGUAUUACUGGUGUUCAUAAUGCAGCGGACUUGAAGCCGAGUGAUUUGCGGGGACAACACUUCAAGCCGUCUCUGUAG